GGCGAGGGCAAGCUAUGCUGCUGCUGCCAGAGAUACCACCUCAACUUUACCACCUCAACUUCACUACUGGAACUCUGUCUUCCCAGGCACAACAAUGCCAAAAGCUCUCAGUGAACUCGUCCAACCUGACUCAGUCGAGCCACCCAAGAACUUUGUCGGUUACAACCAGCACGGUGUCGAGGACAGAACUCUCUCCGUCUACACCCAAGACGACGAUACGCACCUCAAAGACCCAACCCAAAGAAUUUUCUUCUUGGAGAAGGAAAUAAAACCUGGCAAAACAAUGAAAUAUAGCUUGGGUAGAAAUAUACCAGGGGAAACUUUCCUGCCCCGUAAAACUGCAGAAUCGAUCCCCUUCUCAUCAGCCAAACUGCCAGAAAUUCUCAACAAAUUUUCUAUGAAGCCGGGGUCUGUGGAAGCCACUGUAAUUCAGGAAACCAUUCAAGAUUGUGAAAGUGAAGUCCUUAGAGGAGAAGACAGAUACUGCGCCACCUCCUUGGAGUCAAUGGUUGACUUCGCCAUGUCCAAGCUGGGAAGAAACGUUCAAGCAAUCUCGACAGAGGUCGAAAAGGGAGCCACCCUGCAGAACUACACAGUAAAGCCAGGCGUGAAGAACGUGAACGAAGGUGGCAAUUUCAUUUUGUGUCACAAGCUGACCUACGCGUAUGCUGUCUUCUUUUGCCACACAUUUGGACAAACUAGGGCUUAUGCUGUGCCUCUGCAAGGUGCUGACGGAACGACCGCUAACGCAGUAGCAAUCUGCCACCUGGACACUUCUGCAUGGAACCCCAAGAAUCAUCCCUUACAAGAGGUCAAAGUUAAGCCAGGAACCGUUCCGGUCUGCCAUUAUCUUCCCCAGGGUCAUAUUGCUUGGGUUCCAAACUAGAAAGAAAUAUCGUACCCUUUGUCUUUGUGGUUCUAAUUGUAAAAGGAAUCCCAUAAGAAUGGGCUAGCUACUAUUGUAUCAGCUCUAAUAUAAAUAAAAAUCAAUUAGAAUGCCC